CACUGAUGAAACAACUGAAAAGGUGUUCUGGAGAAAAUGUUGAAAAGUGGAUGAGAACCUUCAACGUGAGCAAAAGUUUAUCUCCAACAAGGCAAUUUAUCAGGGUCAAAGAAAACAAUACCGAGCACUUUGCAGACAUUGGGCUGAGCGACAAGGAAUAUGGAAAAGCCAACGAAGAGUUGAUCGAGGAAACAGAACAUGGCAAGAAUUUUCUCGUCUACCCAAGUCGUGACUCGAUAGGAACAUUUUCACUUUUUUCCGCCUUUGUUGUCAAGGCAAUUAUUGGAUCAGGCAAACUCAACGCUUCCAGAGCGGAAUUUUUGUACAACUUUUUGCUAGCGCAGAAGUUUGCAUUUCUGCAUCUUCCCAGCUGCUCAGAAUUUUCCGGAAUUUUCUAUGAGAAUAGUACUGACCGAAGUCUGAUCACAAUGGCUGACAAAUUCUAUGGAGAGCGAAGGAAGACACUUGCAGCUCCUUCUAAAUUAGAAAUCAAGAAUUUGCGAAGGGUAACUAGCGUAUUGGUGUGGAGAAGAACAGUAUUUGGAGAUAUAGUUCAGACGCUCGCAAUGUCUCGUCCUUUCCCAUUCGACACCAACUUUUCGAGAGUGCCGAAACAAAAGGACUUCACCUACUUCGUUUACGGAAAUGAGACAUCUGUCAAGUUCACCGCAGCUGCGCAACUUAUGAUAAGAUUCGAUUUAGGUAGAAUCCAAGAAAUUACGCACGUUGCAACAGCAUCCGGAUCCAUUCGCACAAUAGAGGCCGUUUCGCUAGCUAUUUUGAAUUUGUACAAAGGAGAAAGCCCAGACAACGUGGUUGCUAUGAAAUCCGCUUACUACGAUAUACGCGACGGGAAGUUUUAUUGUGAAGACAAGGCAGAUAUUGCUGAAUUAUUCGCUGCUUAUAAACUUGUAUGCAACGAGAUUCCGAAGGACGAUUUUGAUGCAAAUGACCGCGUUCUCAUGGUUGCAGUGUUGAGCGAGCGUGGUAAUGCAAUGCGCACUUCCAUUACUGCUGCAAUGAAUUCACGUGAUGAAGAUGGAAACAAGGACUACAAUGAGCCUGUUUCCGUUUGAUUAUGAAUGCAAAAUGUGUUUGCCAUGAUAUAUUUGCAUAUUCGCUUUGUUGAGUGUCUUCAAUUAUAGGUGUACACACUGAACGCCUAUUACCCUAUUUUCAGGUGUAUAAG